AGAGCAUUCCUGAUAUUCUCAUUUUCGCAGCGAGGACCUGUGAACGUUCUGUGGAAUUUCAGUCCCACAGAAGAGAAGACUCCUCCUGCCGACAACAACAGAUACAUGCAUCAGGUCAUAUAGCUAAGUUGGCUAGAAAUCGUGAAGUCUGCUUUUCACUUGUUGUCAGCACUGCAUUAUUUGACAUCGAUUUAGCCAUGAUAUAGAUGCAAAUUUUAAUUAAUUCUAAGUAAGCUCAUUUUGUGCAAUUUCAACAAAUUCACAUCAGUUCAGUUAUCUAGCAACCUUCGACCUUAAACGUCUAUGACAAUUCGUAAUUUAUUAUACUAGAUUGAUUUUUUAAUUCUGUGCAUAUUCAUUUUAGAUAAUAUGUUGCUGGUAAAGUUGUCUAUCUUUAAAGUUAUCUAGCAAUCCAUACAGUCUAAACCGAUUCGCCCUAGUAACCGGUGAUCUCCUUUAUCUAUGCAUGCGUUGUUGCCAGCAGAUGUCGUUGUAUUUAUUGUUUCCCCUUUUAAGUUUUUUCUGAUCUCCGCGUCCAAUAAGUUUUACGAUGCUGCAGUCUCCAGCCAGUUGCAUUGAAUAAAGAUGGCGGCCAGUUCAGAACGUAGUCCCCCUCCCUUCCCUGAAUCCGAAGAUCAAGAACCUGACCCCGAAACUGGAGAUGGAGACAGCGAUGAAGGAGAGGAUAUUUUUACCGGCAAAAGCAUUCCAGUAGAAGCCAAGAUAGAGCCACUUCUGCAAGAAAGUGGUGUUAUCAGCGAAGCACCAUCUGAUAUUUUCAGUGAACCACUAGCUGAUGUCCUCAGUGAACCAUCCACAGAUAUCUUCGGUGAUUCCCCAGUUGAUUUCCUCAGUGAUCCACCAGUUCAUAUCCGCAGUGAUUCCCCAGUUGAUCUCCUCAGAGAUCCGCCUAUUGACAUCGUCAGUGAUCCACCAGUUGAUAUCCUCAGUGACCCACCAGUUGAUACCCUCAGUGACCCACCAGUUGAUAUCUUCAGUGACCCUCCAGUUGAUAUCCUCCGUGGUCCACCAGUUGAUCUCCUCCGUGAUUCACCAGUUGAUCUCCUCCGUGAUUCACCAGUUGAUCUCCUCCGUGAUUCACCAGUUGAUCUCCUCCGUGAUUCACCAGUUGAUCUCCUCCGUGAUUCACCAGCUGAUAUUUUCAACGAACCUCCAGCCGAUCUCUUCAGUGAAGAGUCUGUUCCCACCACCACCACUGCUGUAACCACCAGCAAUACCGUGACGAACACCCAAACCAAUUCCAAGACAAACGGCAUACACUCAGAUGAUGAAGAGCAAGACAUAUUUGCAGAGGCCACAGUGGAGCUAUCCCUGGACAGCCCUGCCAACGAUCGGAAGAAGAGAGAGCCCGCCAAGACUUCCACGGCAGUCCCCUCCAUCUCGGUCGCGCCUAGCACAUCAAAAAUGCAAGCCAAGUCCCUGGAGGAGCUGGAAGAAGAGGAGAGCGAAGACAAGUUUGAGCUGAAUAUUGCUGUUACCAACCCAGAGAAAGUCGGGGAUGGCAUGAAUGCUUACAUGGCCUACAAAGUUUCCACGCAGACCACAUUGCCAAUGUUCAGGAAUAAGACGUUUACAGUGAGGAGGAGGUUCAGUGAUUUUCUCGGACUCUUCGAGAAGCUUUCUGAGAAGCACUCACAGAACGGCUACAUCGUUCCCCCGCCCCCAGAGAAGAGCCUUGUGGGGAUGACCAAAGUAAAAGUGGGCAAAGAGGACCCUUCCUCUGCGGAGUUUGUGGAGAGGAGGAGAGCGGCCCUGGAAAGGUAUCUUCAGAGAGUGGUCCUUCACCCAUCCCUGUUACAAGAUCCAGACGUCCGUGAGUUCCUGGAAAAAGAGGAGUUGCCCAGGGCAGUGAGCACACAGACGCUGAGUGGGGCUGGUUUCCUGAAGAUGAUCAACAAGGCCACAGAAGCAGUCAGCAAGAUGACCAUCAAGAUGAAUGAGUCUGAUAUUUGGUUUGAGGAGAAACUCCAGGAGGUGGAGGUGGAGGAUCAGCAGCUCAGGAAGCUCCAUGCCAUGGUGGAUUCCUUGGUCAGCCACAGGAAGGAGCUCUCGGGAAACACGGCGGUGUUUGCGAAGAGCGUGGCGAUGCUGGGCAGCUCGGAGGACAACACCGCCCUGUCGCGCGCCCUGUCCCAGCUGGCCGAGGUGGAGGACAAGAUCGAGCAGCUGCACCAGGAGCAGGCCAGCAGCGACUUCUUCAUCUUCGCCGAGCUGCUGGCGGACUACAUCCGCCUGCUGGGGGCCGUGCGGAGCUGUUUUGACCAGCGCAUGAAGACCUGGCAGCGUUGGCAGGACUCUCAGAACAUGCUGCAGAAGAAGCGGGAGAACGAGGCCAAGCUGCUGUGGGCGAACAAGCCUGAAAAACUGCAGCAGGCCAAGGACGAGAUCACAGAGUGGGAGGCCAAGGUUACUCAAUUUGAAAGAGACUUUGAGAGGAUUUCUGCCACCGUUCGCAAGGAGGUACUCAGGUUUGAGAAGGAGAAGGCCAGAGACUUCAAGAACCAGAUAGUCAAAUACUUGGAGUCUCUCUUGCGCUCACAGCAACAGCUCAUAAAAUACUGGGAAGCAUUCCUACCUGAAGCAAAAGCAAUCGCAUGAUGGCAAGCGAAGACUCAGAGAGAAAAAAGGCCUUUUUUAUACACUUUACCUCUCGCCUAUAAACCAAGAAAAGAAAGAAAGCCGAAAUGCUCUGUAAAGAGAAAGAGAUACAAUCUAAUCCAUGUUUUUUAAUUCAUCAUAACCUAAUAGCUCUUCAUCUUAACUAUUGUAUUGAUAAUUGUAUAUUUUUCAUUUAACUUCCACAUAUAUUUUCUUAAUGACAAAAAAAAAAAAACUUUAUCUCUGUGACAUAAAAUCUUGGUGGCAGGUG